AUGUUGCUUUUAUCACUCACAGGUGGAAAGCCUUGUCCUUCUCCUUCGUCACUCCAGGAGUAUCGACUGUGUAAUGAGCAUUCUUGCAAUCUGCUAUACUGGGAAACCUCUGCAUGGAGUCUCUGUUCAGAAAAUGCCUUGCUAACAACUCUGAAUACGACUAUCAAUUGGAACAACAGGGCAACCUGUGGAGUUGGAGUACAGACUAGGAGGGUCUUUUGUGUGAAAAAUAACUCUGGCCAGGUCCCAGCUAAAAGGUGUCCAGAAUCCAUUAAACCAGAAACCAUCCGCUCAUGCUUGCUCCCGUGUAAGAAAGAUUGUGUAGUGACUCCCUUCAGUGAAUGGACACGCUGCCCUACCACCUGCCAACAUGGGAAUUCCACCGCAAAAAAACAGUCCCGCUCCAGGAUCGUCAUUCAAGAUGCACUUAAUGGAGGAUCUGAAUGCCCGGAUACCUUAUUUGAAGAAAGAGAGUGUGAAGGCGUCUCACUUUGUCCCACCUACAGCUGGAAGGUCCACAAGUGGGGUCAAUGCUUAUUGGUGCCUGAUUCAGUAAGGCAAGGUGUAUUAGGAAUCAAUGAAGCAUGUGGGGCCGGUUUGCAGUCAAGAGUUGUGACGUGCACUUUGGAAGGUAAUCAUUCAGUAGAUGCCAGUGAGUGCUUGAAGUGGGCAGGACCGAUGCCUUCCCUUGUCCAGGAUUGCUCAGUGCCUUGCAAAGAUGACUGCAUGUUUACUCCUUGGUCUAAAUUUACAGCAUGCACUUCCGAUUGUGAAUCAACACGGAUCAGAAGAAGAACUCUCACAGGAAGAAGCAAAAAGCGAGAGAAGUGCCAGAAUACCGAAGUCUAUCCUCAGCUUGAGACGGAACUCUGCCCUUGUGCAAUAUUUACCUCCCAGCCUUAUGGAAAUUGGUCGGAAUGCAUAAUUACAGUAGGAAGAAUAGAACUGCAGUUGGAGAUGAGAUUUCAGAGACAUGCCAAAGAAUGUGGAGAAGGUGUGCGCUUCCGAGCACUUGCCUGCUAUGAUAAGAUCGGCAGAGUUGUGGAUCCCUCUCGGUGCAACCACUCAGGUUAUAUUGAACAGCCUUGCACUGUACCUUGCCCAUUUGACUGCAAAUUAAGUGACUGGUCUGACUGGUCUCCUUGUAGUUCAUCGUGUGGGACAGGAGUGAAAAUUCGGUCCAGGUGGCUUAAGGAGAAACCAUACAAUGGAGGGCGUCCUUGUCCAAAACUGGAUCCAAAGAAUCAGGUGUACGAGGCAGUCCCCUGUUACAGUGAGUGCAAUCAGUAUUCCUGGCGAGUAGAGCCAUGGUCUCAAUGUGAAAUCAGCAGUGCACAAAAUUCCCUCCACUGUGGAGAAGGAAUACAAAUGAGGCAAAUCAGAUGUAUAAACACCACUGAAGGGGGAGAUGGUGAACCUGUACCUCUUGUGCUUUGUAAUCAGUCCAAAGUUCCUUUGGAAAAACAGAAAUGUAUCCUCUAUUGUCCUAAUGAAUGUGUGGUAUCUGAAUGGAGUCACUGGAGUCAAUGCCCAGAGCGAUGUGAUCCCAGUAUAAGGCAAACAAGGACUCGACAUAUACUACGAAUGCCUUUAAAACCCAAGACCUGCCCUGAAAGUGCACAGCACAGGCCUUGCAUUCUGAAUCAAAAUUGUUUUCAAUAUAGUUACAAUUUAACAGACUGGAGCACAUGCCAGCUAAAUGAAAAUUCAGCCUGUGGACAAGGGAUUAGGAAUCGCCUUCUAAGCUGUAUUCGCAGUGAUGGAAAAGCCGUGAACAUGAAUCACUGUGAGCAGUUGAAUAUGGAAACACCCACCCAGAUGACUGCCAACUGCAUGGUAGAAUGUGUAGUGAACUGUCUGGUUACGGAAUGGUCUUCUUGGUCGGAAUGUUCACAAACUUGUGGUCUUGCAGGUAAUUGUGCCAUUUGAAUUA